AUGGACUAUACUGAAGAACAUAAGUUAUUGUUUGGAACUCACAUGUUGUCUGAGGAAGCUAAAGACUGGUGGGAUAACACUCACCAGAGACUAAAAGUUGUUGGUGUUGAGAUCACUUUGGUUGUGUUCAGGGUGAGAUUCCUUGAGAAAUACUUUCCUGAAUAUGUGCAUAGCAAGAAGAAGAUUGAAUUUCUUGAGCUUAAGAAAGGAAACAUGACGGUUGUUGAGUAUGCCGCUAAGUUCGAGGAUCUAGUGAAGUUUUUCCCUCAUUACAAUGUGAACAAGUGUAGGACUUAUGAUGAGGACUGCAGGGCUCAUUCUGCUCACUACAAGAGUGUUAGUGAGAGGAAGGGAAAGAAUCAGUUCAGGGGAAAACCAUACAGUGCUCCAGCUGACAAAGGGAAGCAGAUGACUACUGAUAAUGAAUAA